AUGUUUUCGUCUAAAUCUAAAGAUGAUUCAUCACCGCAAAAUGAUCCUGCGGCGCCCUUAUCCAUUCAGAAUUUUACCGAAGAAUUAUCCGGGUUGCUUAAUCGUCUCCUCGAUGCCAGCCAUAAAGAAAAGUACACGCAUAAUCAGCUUGAUUAUGCAUGCAAAGAAUUCAAUUAUGUGAUUAACGCAUUUACGAAACUCAAGAGUUUUGAAGCUGAUUUUUCAAAACAGCUCAAAACCCUUAAAGCUAUUGUUGAUGACAUCCUAAGAGAUCUACAUGAAGCCUCUACUGACUCCGCAAAGCAACAGGAUAUUGAACGCAAUCUUAAAGUGGUGAUAACCAACAUCAAAGAACUUAAAAUCCAGAUACCGGUCCAGCAUCAAGUCAUUGGUCCAGCUAUCACAUUUUCGGAGUCACUUGGGUAUUCACAAACCGGAGUUACCAGCAAAAAAGUCAGUGACCUGCCUAAUCCAUACGAAGCAAAUGCCAUAUUUGAGAGCGGACCUUUUCUCAAAGAAUUUCGAGAUCAUUAUGGGGGUCUUUGUACAAGCAGGAAACUGCGCUUGUUGUGUUUUGCAACUUUUCCGGAGAACGCAGAGGUUAAGAAGAGGCUUCUAAGACUUUGGUGGAUUGGGGAACGUUUAUGUCCAGUUCCAAAUCAGAAGAACGAUUUAGAGGUAAAAUGUUUUUGUUCAGAUUUAAAGGAAACUUUAGAUGAAUUUACGAAGAUGGGAUUCAUUGAGCCUGUUGCUAAAAAGGGCAGAUUGCCGGCUACGAGUUACAAGAUGCAUCCAAUUAUUCGUUCUUUCAUCAUCAAGCUUGCUAAGGAGGCUAACUUCUUUGAUUACGACUUCAAGGGGAACCCUACCAUGGCGGGCAAAAAGUCGUGUUUGGUAGAACCUAAAGAAACUUCGAAGCUAGAGCGAGUGCAUGAGCUGCAGACAUUGUUCAAUAUCAGUAAGCAACUUCUUAAUUUUCCGGUGGAGCUGUUUUCCAAGAUGAGAAACAUAGGCGUUCUUCAUCUAGGAAGAUGGGAGAGCACGGCUGAACGCCGCAUAGAAGUAGACAACACAAAAUUCUUUACAGGGUUGGAGAAUAUGAAGAAGUUAAGGUUCCUUGGUCUUCGAGGAAUCUUCGGAAUCACGAAACUCCCAAAAUCUCUUUGCAAGCUCACCAACUUGAGAAUCUUAGAUCUCAGAGUAUGUUACGAUCUGGAGGAACUACCAAACGGAAUAGGUUCACUAAAGAAGCUGAUUUACUUGGAUUUAUCUCAGUGCUAUUUUCUAGACAAGAUGCCCAAACAACUGUCCGAACUCUCAGAACUCAAAGUCCUCCAAGGCUUCGUAAUCAGCAAAAAUAGUUCAUGUACUCUUGACAACUUGGCAAAGUUACAUAAGCUGGAGAAACUCAGCAUCAAAGUGGCAAGUGGAAGAUUCUCAAUAAAUGACAAUUAUUUCUUUAAGUUUAAGGCGCUUAAGAAAUUGAAAAUAGAAUGGGGAGCGGCAGCAGCAAGGUGGAGACGUUGGAACAAGGUGGACAAUGGAGCAAAAGCCACGCAAAAUGUAGAAGGCGAGCACGAAAAGCAAGAAUCGGGCCACAAAGGCGGAAAACUCAGAAAACUGGGUGAAAGUUCUAUGUCGUCUAACAAGAAGUGGGAGGUGGAGAAUUUACGUUUGAAGAUCUUGAUUCAUUUGAAGUUAAAUUGGAAAGAACUUCAAACACAAUUUCCAAAACUAAAAUAUUUGGAGAAAGUCAAAUGCCCUCAAAUCACAUUCUGUCCAUGCGAUGCAAAUGGAGUGUGGAAUGAUGUUGAAGCAUAA